AUUUCAAGUAAGCACAAAAAUUCAUUUUUUUUUAAAUCUAUUCCAAAAUAUUGCUGGAAUUUUGUUUGGAGUAAUUAUGGCGAGUGGAGAGUAUCUCUAGAUAUCGAGUUAUCUUAGCUUUUAUCUGUCAAUAUGGUUGGUUCUAGUAUGGUUACGUCUUCUGCUAAUAUGUCUGUUCAUAAAAUUGUUUAAUAAUUUCAUGAAAGUUUAUGAUUUUUUGUAUAAUUUGUUACUUAAUGUAUAACAAAGCAUAAUAACAUCACAGAAUCGAUAAUUUAUGAAACAAACUUUCACGCUCGGAAAAAUGUUUUUCAAGAAAAUUUUGAUGCCGUGCGGGUUGUGUGCAGCAGCAGCAGCAGUACCUGCGGUAAAACCAGCAAAUCUAUCGCAAGAUAGUAUGCCAGCUCUUAGCACAGACUCAACGGUCAAAAAUUUAAUUCGACCAUCUGAAUUACCUAUUUAUUCCUUUGAAGAUGAUUACUCUAAACAGAUUCCAUGCAAAGACUGUCCACCCUCGGCUUUAGAACAAAAUAUAUCAAAAAUUCGCAAGUCUGUUCAAGCAAUUGUGUCAGAGUAUCAACAUUAUACUGGUGUUGUCUCCGAUACCAUUGACACUGGUUUCGAACACAGUAGAACUCUUGUAGAUUAUCUUCGUGAGGAAAGUAAUGUCAUGCCACGAAUGGGUGCUAUCGCUAUUGGUGGAUUGGCUGGAUUAGUACUUGGACUGAGAGGACGCACAUUCAAGCGAGUAGUAUAUACUACUACUGGUGCUGCUACUGUGGGAGCUCUCUGCUAUCCUAAAAAGGCAGAAGAAGGAAUUGAUGUAGCGAAACAUUAUAUAAAAGUCGGCUAUAACUUUAUUUAUGGCGUCAAACCCGGUGACAAUCGACAGCUGGAAAUCGCAUUGCCGGAAUUACCAAAACUAAAAACUCCAACAUCUUUUUCGGAAUUUUUAGACUUAACGAUUGAUACAGGUUCGGCAGUGGCUACCGCUGUUGGUAGUUUUGCCCAGAACGCGUAUACAUCUUUAAGUGGUAGCAAGGAGGGGAGCGUUGUAUCUCGUAGAGUGGAUAUGGUAACUAUGAACUCCGAAAAAUCGGCUUGCCGCCGAAAACCAGCGGAAAAAAAUAGCAGCAGCAGUAGCAAAAAGGCAUCCGAGCCUACCGAAGAAGCGGAUAAAAAGAACGAGGAUAAUCGUACGAGCGAGUCUCCCGAUUUAUCGCCCAACACUCCCACGUACAACGUCACUGCCUCCUGCGCCGAAGACACUCCUAAUUACCUUGUCUAUAAAAAGAUGGAAUCGAUCGUGGAAAAGAUGUUGGACGAAUUUACUGGUGUUCCUGUAAAAACAGUCAAGACUUUCAUGACGAAGACGCCGUCUGUUUUUACAGGCACAGAUCUUAUAGCAUGGAUGAUGAAAAGCAUGGACAUAGAUGAUCAAGAGGCUCUUCAUGUGGCUCAUCUUAUGGCAUCCCAUGGAUAUUUUUUUCCUAUCGACGACCACUGCCUUACCGUAAAAAAUGACAACACAUUCUACAGGUUUCAAACGCCCUACUUUUGGCCAUCAAACUGUUGGGAACCUGAGAACACCGAUUAUGCUGUCUAUUUAUGCAAAAGGACGAUGCAGAACAAAACGCGAUUGGAAUUGGCGGACUACGAGGCGGAGAACUUGGCUAGAUUGCAAAAGAUGUUUUCGCGAAAAUGGGAAUUUAUUUUUAUGCAGGCGGAAGCGCAAAGCAAAGUAGACAAGAAAAGAGAUAAAUUGGAAAGAAAAGUUUUGGAUAGUCAGGAGAGAGCCUUCUGGGAUGUACAUCGGCCAAUGCCCGGAUGCGUGAAUACUACGGAAUUGGACAUUAAGAAGGCUUGCCGCAGCUACAAGUCUGUACAACCAAGUAAGCAUUUGCAUCUGGGGGUCGCGGGUGGCAGAAUAUCGCCAUCUAUGGAAUCGAAUGCGACCUCAUCGAUAGAAUUUUUGCAGAAAGAGAUCGAGACCCUGAAAGAAAGAUUGGAUAAGCCCGUCAUCAAAGUCUCGAAAGUAGCCGAAGCAUUGAUUGGAUACUUCGAGCAGUAUAUGGAAUACGAUCCCUUUUUCACCCAACCCGAGCUUACAAAUCCAUGGAUAACCGACAACCCGGAAAUGUGGGAGCAGGAAAAAUUAGCGAAAGAAAUAUCCGUAAGAAGAGUCAAGAGGUGGGCAUUUAGUCUUCAAGAACUCUUGCAGGAUCCUGUUGGUAGAGAGCAAUUUAUACGCUUUUUAGAUAAGGAAUUUAGCGGCGAAAAUCUCAAAUUUUGGGAAACCGUUCAGGAAUUGAAAACUUUACCACAGAAAGACGUCCAGAUAAAAGUCGACGAGAUAUGGCAUGAAUUUUUGGACACGGACGCCAGUUGUCCUAUCAAUGUCGAUUCUCGAUCUUACGAGAUAACCAAAAAGAAUCUAGAAAAUUCGGAUCGAUGGUGCUUCGACGUUGCUGCAGCGCAUGUAUAUCAUCUGAUGAAGAGUGACAGUUAUUCAAGAUAUUUACGUUCAGAAAUGUAUAAGGACUUUCUUAAUGGUUCCAAAAAGAAGACUUCUGUAAAAGGCAUUCGUUCUAUCGUCUCUUUUACUUCAGUUCGAAGGGACACAACAACUUCGUAACCUGCCAGUUUCUAGCAUCUAUGAUAAUUUUAAGUCUCUACUUGCUACCUUUUCUGUUUUUUGUCUCCGUCAAAAAGUGCACAAAACUAGGAAGGAAAUUUUCAAAAGAAUGUUUUUUAUUUGGACUUUAUCUUACGGUAACUUUAUCUGAUUCACUUAACAAAAUAUUUUAUAUAAAUAAUUAUAUAAAAAUUAGAAUUACUUAAAAAGUUAUCCAAGGAUAACGUACGCUUUUCGAAUACUUUAGAGUAAAGGAUUUAUUAUAGAUCAAUUUUUCUUAUAUCUACAAUAUUUCGCAUUUGUUAUUUAUAAAUUUUACACAAUUACGAUUUCAUCACCAAUUUUAAAUCAUAGAUUUUUUUAAAAGACAAUUGAUUCGUGAAGGAUAGCUAUUUAAAUUUUUAACAUUGAAGAUCUAAGAACUAUAAAAAGAUAGCAUGCAAUCAAAUUCUUGCUAAGAGAAACUUAUUUCAAGAAUAUUGCCGUUAGGGAUUGAAUCUUUUAUUGUAUACAUGUACACUGUUAUUUUAUUACGAAAUGCAUUCUACAUUGCAGCAUAUUUUUGGGCAAUCUAACAAAUAUAAAUAAUGCAUGUAAAUAACGCAUUUUCUUAACUCGUGAAAUGUAUCGGAUAUAUGAAAUUAAUUAGCAAACACUGAGAAAAUAGAAAUGUUAGAAUAAUGCAAAUUCUAUAACGCAAAUGUUAAUUGUAUAAUCGGGAUAGAUCAAAGAUCAUGUAUUUUCAACAAUUGAAGCAGGAGAAUUGAGCAAAAGACAUACGCACACAUACAUGUACAGAAAUAUAUUUUGCAUAUAGCUUUACGCAAAUAAUCUCAGCAUUGCCCAAAUUUCGAACGAGAUUAUUUAUAAAAAGAGAUAUCUCUUUGUCCUCAUUCUUGCUUUUCUUCAAGUUACAUCGUUAUAUUCACAUUCAACACACAAAACUUCUGUCAAAGACAUCCUCGAAUUAAGUGGAUUACAAUAAAACCAAACUAGAAAAAGGUAA